UCAGCAUACACUUUGUUCUGUUGAUCGCAGCUGCUAGCCGAGGGGAUUAAGUAGACUCCACUGACCAAAAAGACGCCGUCGCCGAACCUAUCGGCCCACCUCCAUCAAGCAUCCUUCUCCCCCCUGCUCGACUGGAAGCAACUAAGGAAGAUGGAGUCCUCGCCGCUACCGAAAUACCCUUCGCCUCUCCAACAACAUCCCGUGCCGUCCCCUAGACUGCCAUCUUCGCCUCCGACCCCCCCUACGCAGACUCUCAUCCUAAGUCAUCCUUCCGCGCGCUUGUCAUCCAGUCCCGCAUCUUCACCCCUAGUCGUGGAAUCUCCUCCUAUGAGGACACGCUCCGUUCGACCCGAAAUGAGUGAGUUCAUGGACCAGGGACUCUCUCCGGGAGCGGACUUCUUCGAAGACUCUUCGGGUGAAGAUAAUGAUUCGGAAUGGGAAGACGAUAAUGAGACACGCAACUUCUCGGAAGUGGAAGGGUUGGGAAUCAGGAACUCUGGCAUUCUUGAAGAUGAUGACGGGGAGGAGGAAGUUAGAGGGCGACCACGACCGCAAAAUGAUGGUCUAUUGAGAGCUCUUCCCUCUUUCAAUCAGAUCCCUGCGCACGACUCCGGCACCGCGACCGCGGAUGACGGUUCCUCCUCUCCACUCGAGCGUACAGGGACCGGGAAAGCGCGACAAUUGUCUGUCCGACGUCUAGGCAAAGUCCGCGUCGUACAUAACGCCGGGUCAGGAUCCGCCGGUCAGGGAACACCGCGCGAGUCCAUGAUGAGCAACGAUUCAGAUGAUCUCCCAAAGCCCUUUCCCGACAUGAAUGCGGGCCAUGGAGAAGACGAAAUCGGCGCAAUGCCAAGCGCAACCUUCCCAGGCCGACACCGCCGAAACACAGGCGAAAGCAUCCGCGCAGACUCCAUCCUCAACGCCCACGCAAUCACCAUGCGCGCCCUUGAAUCUCUCCCCUCAACAGCUUCCUUCUCCCACUUCCAUCAACGCUCCCUCUCGCACGGGCACUCCGCCCCCCUCCCUAGACCCGCAUCCCUCACCGAGCAGCGCCACAUAACGCUCUCCCCCAUCUCCAUUCCCAACGACGAUCCAGACCGCCCUGCACACCUCCCGUCUCACUUCAUCAAAACGCCCUACCCCUUCAGCGCGAGGAAGGAGUUCCCGAAGCCGAGGACGUGGCCAAGGCAGACGCAUAAUGGAAAUGUGGAUUAUGAGGCAAGAAAAGGAAAGCAUGUGCUAGGCAUUGUGGCAAGCGAUGGCGAGUUUGAUCUAAGGAGUCGGCUGCAGAGGAAUGAGGAUGCGCAGGGGGUGGUGAGGAGUCGGAGUGAGGCGAGUACGGGGGGUGGGAGAGAAGGGGUUGUAUGGUUGAGUUUAAGGAGCAGGAGGGGAGGGUACGGGGUUAGAGGGAGGUUGGAAAGUGUUGUUGUGCCGAGUAGUUUGACGACGACGAGGAGUCCGGAGGGUAAAAAGAGGGGGCGGGUGGGAAGUAAGAGUCCAGAAAAGGCGCAUAGCAAGGCGGUCACAGUUGACUUCGACGACAUGUUCUUCGCCAAUCGCCUAAGGGAAGGCUAUAAAAAUCUCACUGGACCCUGGAUCUUGCGCGUCCUUUCCGCUCGCAAACUCAGGUACAUCCAGCUCGGCCAAGUCAGCGUAUGGAGCGGCUCUCCCUCCACCCCCUCAGCCAAACCGCCUCCCUCGAGCAGAUUCCUAGCCGCACGCGGCGGCCUAGACACGGACCCCGAUGCUCGAAGUCCCUUCACAGAGCAAAAUCUCGUGGAUCUGUACCAGCGCCCUCAAACAGGCAAAGCGCGGUACACAUGGGUGCACUGGGCACGCCGCGUCGCCGCCUCCAAUUCCACACUCUCACACUCUUACUCCAUGCGCUCUUCCAACCCCCGUCCGCGGCGUCACCGAGCAAAAAGCCUCGAUGCCGACUCGCAGCUCCCCUCUGGCAACGCCAACGAGUACGACGACAAGGACUCCGCAACGCCGUCACCGCUACAUCCGCACUCUACCUCGUUCCCGGAUACCCUCACUACGAUCCAAUUCGUACACUCGUUUUCCGCUAUCCGCAUUAUAUCCGUAUUAGCUCUGAUGCUAGUGCUCUGCGUACUAGCGCCCCUGCUAUGGAUCUUCUUGGGUGAGAGCGCGUGGGCGCUGCCUGAGUCGCGUAGCCGCGCGGAGAGAGUGGGGAGUGGGAUGUUAAUGGGUGGAUUGGUGUUGGGGAUUGAGGCGGUGUUGUUUGUGGUGUGGGUGGUAGGGAGUUGGGCGUGGCUUUAGCUAGAGUGGAGGUGCGUUUGCUUUCUUCUUUGUAUGUAAGAUUUGGACGUUGAUUAGAGAACGAGAUGGAGGAGGAAAUUUCUUUUUCGACAGUCAUAUAUCACCCUAUGCGCAUAUUCGAAGACGAUUAGCACCCGUUCAGUUGGACUCUACAUGUGCUACGGGCUAGUUUCCGAGGAAGGGGAGAUUUAAUCCUUGUAAGGAUAGUGAUGGGACGGAAUGAAUGAUAGUU